CUUUUUAACAAAUUGGAGUUUAUCGAGGGAGGGGCGAAGCAGGUCGAGAUACAAUGGAAAAGCUUUAAAGUUUGAAAUCUUUAAACAGAGCUUCGUUGUUGAAGGAGCGACGAAAGGAGAAGGAUCAUGGCGACCAGAUUGUUGGCGUUAGCUUGUAUACGAAAUGAGAGUAACAAUAGAGAUUUGUCUCCUCGACCACAUUACCCUUCGAUGCCCAAAUACCCUAAGGGUGUUGCCAUUCAGGAGAACAUCGAGGAUUCCGAGGUUAAGGUUCUCUUCUCUGUUGUUGGUAUGACCUGCUCUGCUUGUGCUGGCUCUGUUGAGAAAGCCAUCAAACGGCUUCCAGGAAUCCAUGAUGCUGCCGUUGACGUUCUGAAUAACAGAGCCCAGGUUCUGUUUUAUCCUAAUUUCGUCAACGAGGAAACAAUUCGAGAGGCUAUUGAAGAUGUUGGAUUUGAGGCAACAUUAAUCAAGGAUGAGGUGAAUGAGAGAUCCCUACAAACUUGUCGAUUACGCAUAAAAGGAAUGACUUGUACCUCUUGCUCAACAACUGUUGAAUCUGCUCUACAAGGUAUUCAAGGUGUAAAGAAAGCCCGAGUUGCAUUAGCAACUGAAGAAGCAGAAAUCUAUUAUGAUCAAAAGAUUGUGAGCCACAACCAACUUAUGGAAGCAGUCGAGGACACUGGUUUUGAAGCCAUACUUAUUAGUACAGGGGAAGACAAAGGCAAGAUACAGCUCAAAGUAGAAGGAGUACGCACCGAUCAUUCUAUGAGGAUGAUCGAAAGUUCUCUUCAAGCACUGCCAGGAGUUCAGGAUGUGGCAAUUGAUCCAACAGUCAAUAAAAUUUCCCUUUCUUACACGCCACAUGAAACAGGACCGCGUACCUUCAUCCAAGUAAUAGAAUCAACUGGAUCGGGGCGUUUCAAGGCAAUGAUAUUCCCUGAAGGAGGGCGAAGAGAUUCUCCUAGGCAAGAGGUCAUUAAGAACUACUAUAAAUCCUUUCUCUGGAGUCUUGUUUUUACUAUUCCAGUGUUUCUUACCUCUAUGGUCUUCAUGUAUAUCCCUGGUCUUAAGCAAGGACUAGAUGUUAAAGUAAUCAACAUGUUGACCAUUGGCGAGCUUUUGAGGUGGAUACUAUCCACCCCUGUGCAAUUCAUUAUUGGCUGGAGAUUUUACACAGGGUCCUAUAAGGCACUGCGCCAUGGCUCUGCAAACAUGGAUGUUUUAAUUGCACUGGGUACCAAUACAGCCUAUUUCUAUUCCGUCUACUCAGUGUUGAGUGCUGCUACUUCCAAGGAGUUCAUGGGCACAGAUUUCUUUGAGACAAGCUCAAUGCUCAUUUCCUUUAUUUUGCUUGGGAAAUAUUUGGAGGUUUUGGCCAAGGGGAAGACAUCUGAGGCAAUUGCCAAGCUUAUGGAUUUGGCACCCGAGACAGCAACACUAUUAACUCUUGACAGGGACGGAAAUGUGAUAAGUGAGCAAGAAAUUGACAGUCGAUUGAUACAAAAGAAUGAUGUGAUUAAGAUAGUGCCUGGUGCAAAAGUAGCUUGUGAUGGUUUUGUUUUAUGGGGUCAAAGCCAUGUCAAUGAAAGCAUGAUAACAGGAGAAGCCAGGCCAGUGGCAAAAAGGAAAGGUGAUACCGUGAUUGGAGGGACUCUGAAUGAGAAUGGGGUGUUACAUGUUCAGGCAACACGAGUUGGAUCUGAGAGUGCUCUUUCACUGAUUGUUCGACUUGUAGAAUCGGCACAAAUGGCCAAAGCUCCUGUCCAGAAGUUUGCUGACCGUAUCUCAAAAUAUUUUGUGCCUCUGGUUAUAAUCCUUGCAGUUUGCACUUGGCUUGCCUGGUUUUUAGCUGGAAAAUUUAAUGGCUAUCCAAAGUCUUGGAUACCUUCCUCAAUGGAUAGCUUUCAGCUUGCUCUUCAAUUUGGCAUCUCUGUCAUGGUCAUAGCCUGCCCUUGCGCUCUAGGUCUGGCAACUCCCACAGCAGUAAUGGUUGGUACUGGUGUUGGUGCUUCUCAAGGUGUAUUGAUCAAAGGAGGCCAAGCAUUGGAGAGUGCACAUAAGGUGAACUGCAUUGUGUUUGACAAGACGGGAACCCUCACCAUUGGAAAGCCAGUGGUGGUAAGGACAAGGCUCUUGAAGAACAUGGUCCUUCGUGAAUUCUAUGAUAUAAUUGCUGCAACUGAAGUUAACAGUGAACAUCCACUAGCCAAGGCUGUAGUUGAGUACGCCAAGAAGUUCAGAGAAGACGGAGAGAACCAUGUCUGGCCAGAAGCACGGGAUUUUGUCUCCAUUGCGGGCCAUGGGGUUAAAGCGAAUGUUCAAAACAAGGAAAUAGUUGUCGGAAACAAAAGCCUGAUGUUGGAAUGUGGGAUAUCUGUUCCAGCUGAUGCCGAAGAACUCCUAGUAGAAACUGAAGAGAUGGCACAAACUGGGAUUCUUGUAUCUAUUGAUGGGGAGGUGGUAGGGUUGAUAGCCAUAUCGGACCCAUUGAAGCCUGCAGCGCGGGAUGUCAUAUCCAUUCUCAAGUCUAUGAAUGUUAGAAGUAUUAUGGUGACAGGUGACAAUUGGGGAACUGCAAAUGCCAUUGCAAAGGAGGUUGGAAUUGAAACUGUUAUCGCGGAAGCCAAACCUGAACAGAAAGCAGAGAAAGUGAAGGAGUUACAGGCAACGGGACUGACGGUGGCAAUGGUUGGGGAUGGUAUCAAUGACUCGCCAGCACUAGUGGCUGCUGAUGUGGGAAUGGCAAUUGGUGCUGGAACAGACAUCGCCAUUGAAGCAGCUGACAUUGUUCUGAUGAAGAGCAACUUGGAAGAUGUGAUAACUGCCAUUGACCUCUCCAGGAAAACCUUCUCUCGAAUCCGAAUGAACUACUUCUGGGCACUGGGUUACAACCUUCUUGGCAUCCCAAUCGCUGCUGGGGUCCUUUUCCCAUCCACUAAAUUCCGUCUACCACCAUGGGUUGCUGGAGCUGCAAUGGCAGCUUCAUCAGUUAGUGUUGUUUGCUGGUCUCUCUUGUUGAAGUAUUACAAAAGACCCAAGAAGUUGGAAACCCUUCAGAUUAGUGGAAUCAUGGUUGAGUAAUCAGUCUUUAUAAAGCAGAUUCUAGCUUUGUACAUAUGUCCAUACAAGCGUGAACUUUGGUAAAAUGUUAUGUAGCUAUUUUCGCUCAAUGGACCUUUUGAAUAAUAAGGAUGGUUUUCCCUGUAUAAACUGACAUGCAAUGUUGAAAUCUAUUGUUCAUAAAGUGUGGAUUAGAAUAUAUGUU